AUGUGGUUUGGAGCAAGGGGAGAUUUUACUGAAAAUAAUAAAAAGUUGAAAAAAUUGAGAAAAUUGAUUCUAAAAUAUCUGUUUGACACUAAAAAUUUUGAUAGAAACAGACUGCUGCAAAUUAAUAAUCUUAGUUUGAGUUGCUCUCACAAAUGUAUUGCUAAUGUAGAAUCCUUUUUUACAGCUGGAGAUACUUUAUAUCUUGUUUUUCAAUACUGUGAGGGUGGGAGUCUCAAAGAUUUGAUUGGCAGAGUUGUGCUGUACGAGGAUAUCUUACAUGAAUCAGAGAUAAUAGAUUGGUUUUGCCAAAUUGCUCUUGCAAUUAAUCAUUUAGACAAAAAACAUGUAUUCGAUAAAAAUGUAACAAUGGUUGACGGUUCAGAUUACACAAGCAGCACUUGCGGUGAUUCUGAUGACGAAGGUGAAGAAAAUGUAAAUAACUACAGAGAAAUUUAUCAAAGUCCAGAACUAUUGUGUGGAGGGGAGGAUCAUAUGCAAUGCAACUUUGACACGUCAUCUUCAUGGGCCUUAGGGUGCAUAUUAUAUGAAUUAUGUUCCUUGAAGAAAUUAUUUAAGAACAAACAAGAGAUUAUAUACUUUAAAGAUCAUGCUGAUGCCUUUAAUCAGCACAUCACAAUGUGUUCCACGUCUGUUACACCAAAUCUUCACUGCCUUUUUAAAAAAAUGAUGUUAUAUGACCCUAAAGACAGGCUGACAACAUCGGAAUUGCUGAAUAAUAACUUUAUAACGGAGUAUAUUCAGCAAAUGCCUGACAGUUCAAAACUGGAUGAUGAUCUUGAAUGUAGGAGUCCUCACUCAGAAAUAGGCACUGAACAAGAUAAUGAUAGAACACGUCAUGACGACUACAAUUGUGAUAAUUAUUACAUUGACGGUGUAAAUGAGGAUCAACUGACGGCAGAUGAUAUUUUGAAAAUUAUUAAUUCAAUUUGA